AAGGUGCCACCUGACAUUUCCUUAACCCAAGAGGAGAGAGGGUUGUGUCACAGUGCAUAACAAUCAGAAGUAAUGGAUGUGCAAACUCUGAAGUUUGGCAUACACAGUCAAAUCCAACGCUAUGGCUUUGUGAUUUUGUCACUUGGACUUCUGUUUAUCGUGGUGCUGUGGUCAUUCACCAUUGGAUACAAUAAAGGUGAUGAUCCUCUUCCAAGGCCUCUCCCUCAACAGCAAAGGAACAGAUCCAACAGUCUCCUUAACCAAACGCUCAAAAUCACAAAAGAUCUGGGCCUCAGUGUGGAGGAGUGGGCCCGGAUACAGAGGGCAGUUUCCUGGGGUGAACCGGACCGCCAGAUUACCAGUGUGACUAUGUGCACUAGUCCGUCCCACUCCACCUUCACUAUUAAUGACUUCAAGAACAAGUACUAUGUGGGAGAGGAACUCCACGCCACCAUUGUUGCCAAGGACUUCACUGGUAGGCUAAAAAAUUACGGAGGGGAUUUCUUCCAUGCAAAGGCUUAUUCAAAUGAAUUAAAGGCUAGUGUGUUUGGAGAGGUUCUGGACCACCAGAAUGGCACCUACACGGCACGGUUUACCCUGCCAUGGGUAGGCGAAGCGUCGGUAGGGGUCUGCCUUCUUCAAUCAAGUGAGGGUGUGCAGAUCCUCAAGCGAAACAGGGACACAGACCCUGACCGCGUUGUCUACUAUGGUUUUUUUGUGGGCAAGAACCACAUGGGUGCUAAAUUGGUGGAGAAGGUGGUCUGCAACAUCAAAUGGGAUGGGGUGAUGCUGUCUGGCGAAGGGAACUGCUGCUGUGAGUACCCAGACGUCCGUACAGGGCUGACGUGGCAGUGUCGCAAACCCCCAACUCUGCCAUGCAAUACCCUGGUGUACUACAGUUUAGGUGCUUACAAGAAUCACAUGACAGGCCUUGAGAAGAAAAUCAUGGACAAACAAUAUGUGAAUCGUUGGAUGAAGGGUGAUUCACGCAUGGUUAGAGUCUUUGCCUCCAACUCCACUCUUGGAGUGAGAGAGGCUUGCAAGCCUGGCAUGUCCACACCCAUACCAGCAGGAUUCUACAUGCAUGAUGUUUGGACAUCAUUUGUGUGUGCCACUCGUCACUUUAAUGCAGUGGACACAACUAAGUGUCUGAAGGACAAGCACAUCUACAUAAUGGGCGACUCCACUAGCAGACAGUGGUUUUACUUCCUCAUUGAUUACGUGCCAAGUCUGAAAUUCAUGAACCAACAUACCCUUUACAACAAUGGGCCCAAUUUGGCGGUGGAUGUGGAGAACAAUAUCGACCUGCACUACCGCUCGCACGGCCCUCCUCGAAACACCGUCAAGAUGCAAAACUGGGCGGAAAUCCAUUAUAUUAGUAACGAGAUAGACGGCAUGGCUGGUGGACCGCAUACAGUUAUCAUCCUCAACAUCUUUGGACACUUCCCGACCUUGCCUCUGUCCUACUAUGCCUACCGGGUGUCCCUGAUCCGGCGUGCGGUCGUGGAUCUGUUAAGACGUGCACCAGAGACCAAGGUCAUCAUCAAGACAGCCAACACAGGGCACAGGGUAUAUUCUUUGAGCCCUCAUCUUUUGCUACAUGUGGAUUACUAUUGCACUAACUGGCAUUAUGUGCAGCUUGAUCGAGUCCUGCGAGAAAUAUUCUAUGACAUGAAUGUCUACAUCCUGGACGUGUGGCAGAUGACCGCGUGCCACUAUAACAAAGAGAACAUUCAUCCUGAACGAGUGAUCAUCAAAAAUGAAGUUGACAUUCUUCUGUCUUUUAUCUGCCCCACUUAGGCAGAAAGUUUCUCCUGCAACUGUCAUCUCAUUGUUUGUUGUGGCUAUGUUCAGAUUUGCAGCCCAAAUCUGAUUUUUGGACAUAUCACGAUGAAUUCUGAAAAUCAGGACAGCAACAAAAUAAUGAAUGAAUGACUGAAUGAGAGGAAAUUCCCUGUUUCUGUGUGCUUGAAGCCGGCUUUCUCUCUCUCUGGCCCUCUCUGAGAUUUGAGAUUGAAUAAUUUAAUUGAGUACACGUCUCCUCUGCCCACAACUGUUUCAAAAUAAAAGUCCUUGCUACAAUAAAUCAUAAUUAUAUAGUUAAAGCCAUUCUAACUCUCAGUUCUCAUCAACUACAGUAUGUCUACCACUGACAGUUACCUCUGUCCACAACUUUUUCAAAUUAAAGUCCUCACUACAAUAGUUUGCUAUUUAAUAGUUUAAAGGAACACUUCGCCGUUCUUUCAUAUUAAACUGCGUUAUUCCCUUAAUUAAGACUUGUUGAUACAUACCUCUCACAUUUCAAUGUGUGCACUCACUGGCUCUGGCGCGCAGCGCAACUUUGAUAGCACUUAGCUAGCCCAAUGCAUUCAUUAGGAUCCAAACAGAGAUGAAGUUAGAAGCGACCAAACACCUCCAUGUUUUCCCUAUUAAAAUACAGUUACAUGAGUAGUGUUAAGGUUUCAUUUCUGUCCGCCAUGUCAAUUUGUAAUAUGUUGUCUUCAUCCAUUCACCAAAAGAAGAAUCCAGGAAGUUAUUUAUUAGGAAGUUUAUUAAACGCUAGACUAUACAUCUCAAUGUACCGGCAACACACAUCAGUACCCGAGGGAGCAGUAAGACGUUCUGACGAAGUUAAGUUUCACUUUCACUUAAAAGCAACACCAUUUAUCAAAGUAAAAGUCCUCUUGAUUCACACAUGCGCACAAUGAAUUCUGGCACAUUUUAACAUACAGUUUGUAUAAUUGCAUAACACAAAAUAAGAGUAGUGAGUAACAUAAAAUAAUACAGUAUAAAUCACAUUGGUAAUGAGAACAUAACCCAACACCCCCACUUGUUCUCAUCAUCUUAAGCCAUGUACAAUGUCAUUACAGAUAUUUAGUUCCCAAACAGAAAACCUUUGAACUUGAGAAUCUUAAUUUUUGACACAGAUUUUGUCAAAAUGUCUGCCACCAUGUCUUCUGUUGGGCAGUACACAAUAUGUAUUUUCCCCUCACUAACAGCGUCACGAAUAAAGUGAUAUUUCACAUCAAUGUGCUUAGAUCUUGAUCUAUUCACUGGAUUUCUACUCAGUGCAAUGGCCCCCUGAUUAUCACCAUACAUUGUUGUGCAAGUGUAAACGCUACUGUCCAUGCCAUUUAGCAGUUGAGUUAGGUACAUGCUUUCCUGAGUAGUGUUUGAUAGACCAAUGUAUUAAGCUUCGCAGGUCGACAGUGCCACUGUCGGCUGUUUCUUAGACUUCCAUGAAAUAGCAGGACCUUGUUCUGUCAGGCUGAAACAGUAUCCUGAAGUGCUACGCCUAUCUUCUGUAGAAGAUGCCCAGUCAGAAUCACUGAAUGCUAUUAGGCUUAAAGUCUUGUCUGAUUUCUUGAAACACAGCUCGUAGUCAGCUGUACCUUUCAAGUAUCUCAGAACAUGUUUGGCAGCUACUAGGUCAUGUGUUUUAGGCUUUGCUAGAGUUUGUGACAAUUUACUGACUAUCCAGCUAAUGUCUGUUCUGGUACAGGUCAUUGCGUAGAUCAGGCUCCCAACAAUUUCACGGUAUUCUUUAGGGUUCUCAAUCUCCAAGUUGUUUAAUUCCUCAUUUCCAUUGCACUCUAUUUUUAACUCACUUGGGGUUGCUUUUAAUUUACAGUUUGACAUUCCAAACCUUUCAAGCAUUUUGAGAAUGUAACUUUUCUGAUUCAUUUUAAUUUCUCCCUUGUUUUGCUCAAACUGAAUGCCCAAAAAAUAAGAUAUUUUCCCUAGAUCCUUCAUAUUAAAUUUGGACCUCAUUAUUUCUUUAAAGCGGUUGAGCUGAUCCUCACUGCUGGCUGCAAUGAUCAAGUCAUCUACCCAGAUGAUCACUAUGAUUGUCUCAUUUUCAAUCUGCUUUCUAUACACACAGUGAUCAGACUGAUUUCUCUGAAAGUUGUUUUGUUCCAAAUGGUCA